AUGGCAGCUCUCAAGGAUCAGCUGAUUCAGCAUCUUAUUAAGGAAGAACAGACCCCUCAGAAUAAGAUUACAGUUGUUGGGGUUGGUGCUGUUGGCAUGGCCUGUGCCAUCAGUAUCUUAAUGAAGGAAUUGGCAGAUGAAUCGGCACUUGUUGAUGUCAUAGAAGACAAAUUGAAGGGAGAGAUGAUGGAUCUCCAACAUGGCAGCCUUUUCCUUAGAGCACCAAAAGUAUUCUCUGGCAAAGACUAUAGUGCGACUGCAAACUCCAAGCUGGUUAUCAUCACAGCUGGGGCACGUCAGCAAGAGGGAGAGAGCCAUCUUAAUUUGGUCCAGUGUAAUGUGAACAUCUUUAAAGUCAUCAUUCCUAAUGUUGUAAAAUACAGCCCAAACUGCAAAUUCCUUAUUGUUUCCAAUCCAGUGGAUAUCUUGACCUAUGCGGCUUGCAAAAUAAGUGGCUUUCCCAAAAAUCGUGUUAUUGGAAGUGGUUGCAAUCUGGAUUCAGCCCGGUUCUGUUAUCUAACGGGGGAGAGGCUGGGAGUUCACCCAAUAAGCUGUCAUGGCUGGGUCCUUGGGGAGCAUGGAGACUCUAGUGUGCCUGUAUGGAGUGGAGUGAAUGUUGCUGGGGUCUCCUUGAAAAAUCUGCACCCUGAAUUAGGCAGUGAUGCCGAUAAGGAACAUUGGAAAGAGUGCAGAUACACUUUGGGGGAUCCAAAAAGAGCUGCGAUUUUAAAGUCUUAUAAUGUUGUAUCACUUACUGUCUAGGCUACAACAGGAUUUUUGUUGGGGAUUAUGCAUGUUGUCCUUUUUAUCUGGUCUGUGAUUAAAGCAGUGAUAUUAAAAUGACCUAGGGAAAACAUCAAUUUCUUAAAGUUAGAAGUAGGAAUGAUUCAUAAAACCUCACAGCUAUAUCCUGAUGCUGGAUAAGAUACUUGUCUCGGAUAGUCCA